AAGUCCCCUCGCUCCCCGAGCUAUAAACCACUCAUGCGCAGCGCUCGCUUCGCUCCUGCCAGAGACACCAGCAUUGCCUGCGUCCAAAGUCCCCCCAGAGCGAACGACUCUGAGCGCCUGCUCGCCUCUUACCACCCCGGAUUUUUUUCUUAAAAAAAAGCCCCAUCGGCAGAGAGAGAAACAUGGAGAACAACGGCAACGUCUACGAGAGCGUGAGGGAGGAGAACGUGUACGAGACCCCGUACGAGAAAGGCGCCGCUCCGCCUGCGGAACCCAAGUACGAGAACCAAGGCGCUAUAUACGAGACCCUCAGCGACGGGGCCGAGGCGAUCUACAGCGAGGUGGAGGUCCACGCGGUGGCGGGCGGCGGCGGCGACCGCGAUUCGCCAGACUACAUGGACACGCGGGACGGCGACGCCGGGGGGAGCAAGGCGGGGGACGACGGCUCCUCCAGCGACAGCGACAGUGACAGCGACAAGGAGAAGGAGAAGGAGAAGAAGAAGAAGAAGAAGGAGAAGGCCGCACGGGUGAAGAAGGACAGCUCCAGCUCGUCCAGUUCGUCGGAGGACGAGGAGGAGAAGGAGGAGGAGAAGGAGCAGGAAAAGGUGGAGGAGAAGGAAGAGGAGACGGUCGAGGAGAAGGAGGAGGAGGUGGUGGUCCCGGUCCCGCUGGAGGUGAACGGAGAUGCCGCAGAGCCAGGAGGCUCUUCCUCCUCCUCCUCCUCCUCCUCGUCUUCCGAGCAGGGCGAUGAGCCGGCGUCGCCGAUCGACGUGGACAGCGCGGACAGCGACAUGCUGAUGGCCUACAGCCUGUCCGACGGCAAAGCCAGCGAAUCGGAGGAGGCGGUGGACUACAGCCUCAAAGCUACCGACAGCGACACCGCGGAGGACAGUGCAGACCCGAAUCAGCCGGAAAUCGCUCUCUUCGUCCGGGCGGGGACUGAUGGAGAGAGCAUUGGGAACUGCCCCUUCUCCCAGAGGCUCUUCAUGAUCCUGUGGCUGAAAGGAGUCGUCUUCAACGUCACUACGGUCGACCUGAAGAGGAAGCCGGCGGAUUUGCAUAACCUGGCCCCGGGGACGCACCCGCCAUUCCUCACCUUCAACGGCGAGGUGAAGACCGACAUCAACAAGAUAGAGGAGUUCCUGGAGGAGUCGCUGGCGCCCCCAAAGUAUCCCAAACUGGCCGCGAAGAACAGGGAGUCCAACACGGCGGGGAACGACGUCUUCGCCAAGUUCUCCGCCUACAUCAAGAACACCAACCCGGGCGCCAACGCAGGCCUGGAGAAGGGUCUAGUGAAGGCCUUGAGGAAGCUGGACUCCUACCUGAACAGCCCGCUCCCGGAGGAGAUCAACGCCGACAGCAUGGAGGAGGAGAAGACCUCCAACCGCAAGUUCCUGGACGGAGACGACCUGACGCUGGCCGACUGCAACCUCCUGCCAAAGCUGCACAUAGUGAAGAUCGUGGCGAAGAAAUACCGCAACUUCGAGAUCCCGGCGGAGAUGGCGGGGGUGUGGCGGUACCUGCAGAACGCGCACGCGCGGGACGAGUUCACCAACACCUGCGCCGCCGACAAGGAGAUCGAGCUGGCCUACGUGGACGUGGCCAAGAGGCUGUCCAAGUGAGCCAGCCUGGCCGCCAAGCAGGGGGUUCGGUCGCGAGAAAGAAAAAAAAACUGCGUGCUGAUGCCAUUUUAGCUACCCCCCCCCACCCCCCGCCCCACCCUCCUGACCUCUGAGUUUCGACUGUCGACGUCCUGCAGCCUGGAGAACGACCCGUGCAAAAAAUCUCUCCAGACCGACUUACUAUUUCUCUCUCUCUCUUUCUAUCUCUCUCUCUCUCUUUCUCUCUCUCUCGUUGUCGCAUAGUUCAGGACCAGACGCUGGUCAGUCAUACUAGCUGCUUGCUGACACGUGGUGUGACCGAUAAAUUAUUUUUAAACUAUUACUAUUAACAGUAAUUUUUUAUUUUAUUUUAUUUUAUUUUAUUUUUUUCAUUUAGAAUCGUCCUCGAUUUUGACUGUAGCAUGACCGUAGUGUCGAGUAUGGCGACUUGGCCGUUGAAGACACUCGCGUUUCGUGUUUGUGAUUUUGAAAACUGCACCGCAUGACACCAGCACGAAAAACGGCGCUGCCGACUUUGUGUUGUGAGUACGUUAGUUCUGCUUUCGGCUGAAUUUCGUCCAAAUCUGGGAAUAUAUAUAUCUGUGUAAGUAGCCGGCAUUUCUGUUUUUUUUUUUUAAGCGGCUUGAGAAAAACAAUCACAACUUGGAUGAGCAAUGAAAUGUAUUUGAGACAGUUCGGAGCAGUGAAGAACGGUCAAAGACUGGGGUGGCUCUUUCUAUGGGGAGACAGCGCCACCUGCUGUCAGAAAUGUGGUAAAUUUCUUCUUCUUUUUUUUCUUCUUUUUCACACAUGAAAAUCUGCCGUGAUUGUCCUGCGGGUUCUGUUUGGCAUUCGGGGAAAACAUUUUCAUCGGCAUGAUGCAUCGAAAUGAUACCACAGAAAGAUUUUAUUUUUUAAUUGUCAAAAUGUUGAGAAAAAUCAUGCCCUGUAAACCAAGUGCCUUCUUUUUCUAUCCUAAAAUUUCACGCCAACAUUAAUCCAAAAAAAAAAAAAGUUUAAGUUUAUACGUCAUUAGCCAUGCAGAGCGGAAUGAAUGCCUUAUAUCAGGCGUUUUAUUUUCUAAAUAUGCCGAUUAUCAAUAUUUACAUAUGAUACUCUAUUUUAUUAUACAGUGUAUACUGAUAAAGAAUCAUUGUUCAGGUGAUUGAUUUGCAAUUACGUUAGUGUGUGAGGAUCAAAAGCCUUUGGGACAAAGCAAUGUAACCCCUUAUAUGCACUGCUUUCAACAAUCUACCGAAUAUAAAUAAAACUGAAAUCAGGCUGAACAAUUAUUAUAAGGGUAGGGAAUUGUUGUAGCAGCAGUAGCAGUAAUAGUAGCAUACAAAUAUCAUUUUAAAUCAGGGACAGUGUUAGACAUCAGGUUACUAUUACUAACCAAACAAUGUGUAAAUCACACUUAUAGACCAUGCUCACGAGGUAUGGAACAGUUGGUCUGACUUAAAACGACGUCUGGGCUGCAUACGAUGAACCUGGGGAAAUCCCGCGCGCACCGCAGACCCCCUCUUUGUUGCGUCAGACGUUUUUGGCACGCGCGUGCCGGACUCGGGAGGCUUUACCGGCGCGCGUCAGGAGUUCUGCGAAUCACUAAACGGUGGAUCUCCCAAAAACCACAGCUCGUAUAACUGUCUCUUUCAACGAGGUCUGCAGCUGUUUAACGGCCGCCCUGACCCGAUCCUCGCUUGGAUUUUCAGAAACCUUUGCUCCUGUGUGGUUUCUACGACCGUUUCGAUUUGAAAGGGGAUCAGUAACGGUACGAUAAGGCUUGGGGGUCCUCUUGGAGUGCACUGACUGCUACUUAAUAAAUUAUAUUUUCACAAAA